AAAAAGAGCACCACGAUUCUCAACUCUCAAGAUUGUUUUAGUCUUCGACGGGAGUUGGUUUAGACAAUUAGUUCAAGUAGAAACUAAAUUAAAUACCCAAAAUCAAAAUGAGCUACUCGUGGGAUAAGCGCGUCGAAUUCAUCGUCGGUCACAUGUACGAUCUUGACAACAACGGCUUCCUGGACAACAAUGACUUCCAGUGCAUGGCUCUGCGUGCCACCGUCAUCGAGGGCAAGGGAACCAUCAACCCAGCUCGCCUGAAUGAGUACCGCACCAUCAUGAAGGCUCUGUGGGACGAGAUCUCCGCCCUUGCCGAUUUCGAUAAGGAUGGCAAGAUCACCACCGAUGAGUUCAAGCAGGCCGUCCGAACGACCUGCCUGGGCAAGCCCUAUGCCGAUUUCCCCAAGGCCAUGAAGGCUUUCAUUGAUGCCCACUACCAGAUGAUGGACAUCAACAACGACGGCCUGGUCAGCAUAGAGGAGUACCGUUACAACUGCAUCACCAGAAUCGCUCUGGAUGACAUCAAGCAGGUCGAUGAUUCCUACAACAACCUCGUCAGCGACGAAGACAACAAGAAGGGAGGAAUCACCCUGCAGAGAUACCAGGAGCUGUACGCCCAGUUCAUGGGUAACGAGAGCGACAAGUGCCCAGCCAUCUACCUGUACGGCCCAAUCCCCGAAUAAGCUGCUCAAACCAACAUUCGAAGAUUCACCAUCUAUAGUCGAACAAAACAAAAA